CAGGACUUAGAUUAGCUCUUUCUAACCAAAACUUCAAACGGCCUUGAAUAAGACUGCUCACGUUUGGGUUAAGAUUCACACUUGAAUCCAUAUUGUUCAUUUCGUAUCCGACUUCAUAUGAAAAGAAGCUAAUAAUAUUAAUGAAAUACCAAUAACUCAAAUGAAUGAGGUUCACAAAGCUUUUAUUGAUUCAAAUAUCAAACACCGCCAAUAGCUACAUCCACCAAGCCAAUGGACUUGACUAUGCCAUAUAUGGCCGCCUCAUCCAAUACUGCACCGACCACCGCCUCGUCCGCCAAGCCAAGCAGCUUCACGCCCGUCUCGUACUCUCCUCCGUCGUCCUCGACAACUUCCUCGCUUCAAAGCUCAUUAAUUUUUACUCCAAGUCCAAUCACCUCCGAGAAGCCCACAAAGUGUUCGAUGAAAUUCCUCAGAAGAACACAUUCUCUUGGAACGCUAUGCUCUUUGGGUACUCGCGUCACAACAUGCACAUGGAAACACUUGAGCUCUUCUCGUCUUUCCUCUCUUCAUCAUCGUCUGCAAAACCGGAUAAUUUUACAAUUACUUGUGUGUUAAAGGCAUUGUCGUCUUUGUUUCCGAACUCAAAUUUGGCGAAAAUGGUUCAUGGUUUUGUUAUUCAAAGUGGGUUUGAUUCAGAUAUCUUUGUUUUGAAUGCUAUGAUUACAUACUAUUCGAGAAGUGAUGAUAUUGCUGCGGCGAGAACUUUGUUUGAUACGAUGACUGAAAGAGAUCUUGUGUCCUGGAAUUCGAUGGUUGCAGGGUAUUCUCAAGGAGGGUUUUAUGAAGAUUGCAAGAAAUUGUACAAGGAAAUGUUGGGUGUUGAAAAUGUAAGACCUAAUGAGGUUACAGUACUUAGUGUUCUACAGGCCUGCGCUCAGUCGAAUGAUCUUAUUUUUGGGAUGGAAGUUCAUCGGUGUGUAAUCGAGAAUGAAAUUGAAAUGGAUCUUUUGGUUUGCAACUCAUUUAUUUCAUUGUAUGCGAAAUGUGGUAGCUUGGAUUAUGCUAGAGAACUUUUUGAAGGUAUGAGUGAAAAGGAUGAAAUUACCUAUGGUGCGAUUAUUUCUGGGUACAUGGUUCAUGGAUUUGUUGGGAAAGCUAUGCGUCUUUUUGGAGAAAUGAAAAAACCAGGAUUGAGUACGUGGAAUGCUGUCAUUUCAGGAUUGGCGCAGAACAACUGGCAUGUGGGAAUUCUAGACUUAGUUAGAGAAAUGCAGGUGACUGGAUUUAGGCCGAAUACCGUGACACUUUCAAGCUUUCUUCCUACAGUUUCAUAUUUUUCAAAUCUAAAAGGAGGGAAAGAAGUACAUGCAUAUGCAGUCAGAAACAAUUUGGAUAAGAAUAUCUAUGUGGCAACUGCCAUUAUUGAUGCUUAUGCCAAACUGGGCUUUCUUCUUGGCGCACAAAGGGUUUUUGAUCAAUCAAGGGAUAGGAGUGUGAUUCUUUGGACGGCAAUAAUAUCAGCAUAUGCAGCCCAUGGAGAUGCUAAUGCGGCACUUAAUCUAUUUGAUAACAUGCUGAGUAAUGGGACUCAGCCAGACCCUGUGACAUUCACGGCAGUAUUGUCGGCUUGUGCUCAUUCUGGAGUGGUAGACGACGCUUGGAAGAUCUUUAAUGCCAUGCUUCCGAAAUAUGGUAUUCAUCCCUUGGUUGAGCAUUAUGCUUGCAUGGUAGGGGUUCUAACCCGAGCUGGGAAGCUAUCUGAAGCAGUGGAAUUCAUUUCUAGAAUGCCAAUUGAACCAAGUGCCAAGGUUUGGGGAGCAUUGCUUAACGGGGCUUCAGUUUCUAGGGAUGUUGAACUGGGGAAGUUUGCUUGUGAUCGUUUGUUCGAGAUUGAGCCUGAAAAUACAGGAAAUUAUAUCAUCAUGGCAAACUUAUUUUCACAAGCUGGGAGAUGGGAAGAAGCUGAACGUGUGAGGGAAAAAAUGAAGAAUAUUGGGUUGAAGAAGAUCCCUGGUAGUAGCUGGAUUCAAACUGGUGGAGGGUUACAGAGUUUUAUAGCCAAAGAUGUUUCAAAUGUAAGAACUGAAGAAAUUUAUGGGAUGUUAGACAGAUUGCUGGAGUUGAUGAGAGAAGAGGGUUAUCUUUUGGUGGAUGAAUUUGAUGAGGAAAGUGUUUGUAAUUGAGCAUCAAAUCAUUAACUAAUGAAAUUAUUGCAAGUAAUGAAUAGUCUUGGGGUUUUAAUCUACGUAAUAUGCAUACAGGACCUCAAUAAUUUACAUUGAUGUCUGGAUAUUCAGAAGCACCAGGCCUGUGAAUUUUUGUACAUAAAUAGUGCAAAAAAUCCAGGAGAUGAUAGUAAUAAAUACCAGAGUAAUUGGUUUGGUGGAUCCUGUUACCCAAGAGUCAUAACUUCAAAAUCAUGUUCAUGAGCCGCCCAGGCGCUACUGAAGCUCCAAACAAGAGCCAGAACCUAGACAUCCAUAACUAUGCCAUUUGCUAAAGGAGAAGGAAGUCUUGAGACUCUUUCUUGACUAGGAUAUUUUUCACACCUCCACCUCAUGAAUUUCGAGUCCAGUGUGAUUGAUUCCUUCAAUGCCAGUGAGUGAGCAGUUCGUCUUCCAAUUUGCCAAAUCACUCUGAAUUUGCUUCAUCAAGUCCUUCAUCAGGGGUUUCCAUCAACUUGCAUACAGGUGACGUUUGUAUGAAAUUAUAGCAAGUUUUUUAUUAUUUCUAAUGAGAUAUUGUCCUUAUAAUAUCUUUUUUGAUCCAAAGUAUUUAUAAACAACUUCUAAGCAAGUGCAUUAAGCAGUACACUAACAGAUUUAGCUAUUAAAUUACUCUUGAAACAGAAAAAGACUCAAGAGGAACAGAUUUACACACAGGCUUUUGGCUUUCUAAUUUUUUUUUUAUCUACUGUUCUCCUGGAAUAUCUUUACUUGCAGUUUAAGGCUUCCAAGCAUUCUUGACGAUUUGGAUCCCCCAAAAUAUCAUUAUGUCUCUCCUUUAAAUGACAUUAUGUCUUCAUUGCACACACAUGUCCCUAAGCAUGAUUCAUCUUACCCAGAUUUCAUGAAAUAUUGAUGAUUGAAAUUUCUUGAGUGGAAGGAUUUCUAAUGAAUGGAUUUCCGUUUUACUAUUUAAGAAGUAGAGUUUAAAUUUAGAUUUAAGUUUUAACGACACGCACGAAUUGAUUUCAGAACAUUGCAUUUGUAGAUCCAUUGAUAUCCCACUUGAUUAGGUUUAUCUAAUGAACUGUAAAAAUGCAUUAAUGACAACAUCUCAAAAAGCAGAACCACACACCACCCUAAUCUCACCUGCUGGUGUCAUGAGUGAAUCAGAUCUAUUGAUAUCCACUUGAUUAGAAGCAGUUUUAUUUUUCAUUAUAUCCCUUUAAUUUUCUUUUAGUAAGUAAAUUUACUCACACACAUUGCUGCCACUGGACCCUUAACUACUCUUUUGAAGAGAACAUGCCUCUCAAACCAAGGGCUUUGAUAGUCUAUACACAUUUUCUCAAUUUUUCUUAUAUUGAACUUUUAUACAAAGAGUGGGCCUUAGCGCAACGGUAAGUUGCUCCAUUGUGAGAUGUAAGACUGCAUACAUGACCCUCUUCAGACCUUGCAAUGACGGAAGUCUCGUGCACUGGGCUAUCCCUUUAUUGUAUUUAGAUAUUGUUCUUUGGCAACCAUGUCAACAAUGACAGCCCAUAAAAAUAUUCAUACAAGUAUAAUAUUCAUUAGGCCAUUGUGAAAUGGUCAUUUCGUUCAUUUGACCAUUUUAGGAUCACAUUCACCACUGAGCCCAAAGUCCAAAGAGGAUGACUCAGAGAUGAAGCCGGAAAAUGUAAGUGAGUAGGGUGACAAAAAGCCCUUGAUAGUCGCUGGCUUUGGAGGGCCAAAGUUGCAUUAAUAAUGUAGUUUUGUAGGGACAACUUAAUAUGGAGAGUCCAUGGAUGGGCCAAUUGGAAUGGUUGUGUUUUCUCUUCUUCUACUUGUUCUUUUCGUCUUUAUUAAACACAACAUAAAAACAGAGAUAUUGAAAAGUAAACGAGUGCCUAACUGGACAUGUACUUGUGGACAAAAACCCAACAUUCCUAGCCACUCCCUUCCAUUCUACUCCACCGCCUCACUUUCCCAAGGUUUCACACACUGCCACCUAUCUAAUAUUGUAACCUCAUGCAUUAUUAUGAUAAGUUAGCAUUGUUUUUAUUUUCAUGCCAUUGAGUUUUCACAUAAUACCAUAUGGGUUCUUGAUGGCAAAGGACUAAAUUGGGUUUUUCCACUAUCAAUAAUGGCAUGCAAGUCCUAUUUACUCUUUAGAAGGAUAGAAAUUUUCAGGAGUGAUUUUCAUUCAUGUUUUUUUUUUUUUUUU